AUGGCUGCCCCGGAGUUCCCGGCAGCGCUCAAGGAUGCCUCGCCCGCCCAGCUCAUCCUCGGCACCCUGGCAUCGCUGACAGUGCUUGUUGCGCUGUACCUCUGGCGCAUCAACACCCUCCUGUCCCGGACGCCCCCAGCGGCACUGAAGUUGGCCGGCCCGCGGUGGACGCCCGAGCUCCUGCACGAGACGUACGCCCGGCUCGAGAGGGACCCGCCCGGCCUGUAUGACGCCAAGAAGCUCCCGCCGCGGCUGGACCGGCGGUAUGUUGUAACUGGUGGUUCUGGCCUGGUCGGCGGCUAUAUUGUCCUGCAGCUUCUCGCGCGCGGCACCCCGCCCUCGGCGAUCCGGAUCCUGGACAUCCGGCGCACCGAGCGGAGCGACAUGCUCUCCCCGGGGUCGCCCGCGCGCGAGGUCGAGUUCGUCGAGACGGACAUUACGUCCCCGGUGUCGGUCGAGGCGGCCUUCUCGCGGCCCUGGGCCGAGGCCGUCGCGCACCUGCCCAUGACGGUCUUCCACACGGCGGCCGUGAUCCUCGCGUCGGAGCGCAGCGAACGCGAGUACUGGUUCCCCGAGGCCGUCAACGUCCGGGGGACAAGGAACCUGCUGGCCGCCGCGCGCAAGCACGGCGCGGGCAUCUUCAGCGCCACCUCGUCGGCGUCUAUCUCCAUCCGGCCCGUGCAGCCCUGGGUCGCCCCCUGGGCCGGCGAGCCGCGCAACUUCUUCCAGCUGCUGGAUCUCGCCGACUCGGAGAAGCCCCUGCGGCACCGGACGGGCUACUUUGCAAACUACCCGGCCUCAAAGGCCGUUGCGGAGCGGAUGGUCUGCGACGAGAACGAGGACUCGUUCCGUACGGGCAGCAUCCGCCCCGCCAACGGCGUGUACGGGAACCCGACGGAUAACAUGCUUGGAGCGUACUUCUUCAAGGACGUCGUCGAAACCUGGGUCCCGCACAUGGUCCAGAGCUUCGUCCACGGGGCCAACGUGGCCGUCGCACACCUCGCGCAGGAGGCCGUUCUCGCAAAGACGGCCCCGGAGAGCAGGCGGUACGCGGGCCGGCCCUACGUCGUGACGGACCCGAACCCGCCCAUCAUGAACCGCGACAUGUACCCCGCCAUCCGCACCCUCCUGCCGCGGCCCUGGCGCACCAUGGAGCUCCCGCCCGUCGUGCCGCUGCUCAUGGCGCACGGCAUCGAGCUGUGGUCGGACCUGCCGCACCGCUUCCCGCUGCUCAAGAAGCUCAUGCCGCCGAUCACGGGCGAGGCCAAGCACCUCAAGCCGGGGAUCUUCUCCAUCACGACGCACCUGGUCGCCGCCGACGAGGACACGAGGAAGCCCGUCUCCGAGGGCGGGCUGGGCUACACGGGCGUGGUGACUACUCUGGACGGCCUCGUGUACGAGAUCCUGGAGUGGAACCGCGAGGUGGCGGCAGGUGACGCCGAGAAGAAGAAGAUCACGUACACGUCGUCCCUGACGCUUGGCGAGAGGCUGCAGAAGACGGGGCUCAGCAUCGUCGAGGCGGUUGCCCAACCUCUAUCCACCAAGACCAAGUAA